AUGGCUUACCAAAUCAUCGGAGCACUGCCGGCGAUGUUCUUCGGCGGCGGCAACAAACGAAGAAGAACAACAACUCCGGCGACUCUCCCUGACGAAAUCAUCGAGACAAUCCUCCUCCGUCUCCCUCUGAGAGAAAUCCGUCAACUAUCGAUCCUGUCGAAAAGAUUCCGGCACAGCUGGAAGCUCUGCCGGAACCUCGCCUUCGACGGCAGCUUCUCCGCCGGUCUGACUAAGGACCAGUUCAAAGCCGGCGUGACCAACACUCUAUACCUCCUUGGAAAAACCGGAGCCGACCGGUUCGCCCUCCGGUACGACGCGGCCGGAGAAACCCGGUUCGUUUUCUGCUGGGUUCACCGAGCCAUCCAGCUCGGCGUUUCCCGGCUGGAGCUCGACUUCACCCCGUCGGCUCCUAAGAAAUUCAUGCUCAGCUCCGACAUCGUUAACUAUGAAUCUGUUACAUCUAUUAAGCUCAUUAACUGCGAGAUCCUCCUCCCCCACGCCGCCGCCGGCGGCCUCCGGUUCCUCCGCGACCUGACGCUGCAGAACAUGCGGGCCCGGCCCGUCACCAUCCUGACGCUAUUCCGUAACUGCUACGAGCUCCGAUCGCUGAAGCUCAUCAACUGUAACUUCAUUUUUGCCCUGAGGAUCUUCGCGGAGAAACUCCGGUGCUUUCAGACACUGAUCGUCAAGCACUGCUCCGACAUCCACUCCAUCUGUCUCAACGCCCCAGAGCUUCAGACCUUCCAUUUCUAUGGCAAAAUCUGCGAGAUCGCCUUCCAGGUCGAUACCCCGCGUCUGAACGAUGUGCUGAUUGAAUUCAGCCAUCCUCGGAUCUUCCAAAUGGUCCCCCGCAGGAAGGAGAUGAUCCCUCGUUUCGCCGCUGUCAGAAGCCUCACCAUCACAAGCACUUUUCUCGAGGGUUUCAAGAUGUCGCAAUUCACCCUGCCCAAUCUGGAGGAAUUCGUUCUCACCAUCUACCCGGAGAGUUACCUCAACGCUGCCGACAUCAUCAUUAUGCUCUCAAACUCCCCUCGGAUCCGACGAGUUCACAUCGAUAUUGGGCAGAAUGCAUUCAAUGAUGGAGGCGCCUACUGGAAGACAAUUGGGAGGCAUUAUCUGAACGAAUCUGCUGCAGCUUUUCCAUUCUUACAAUAUGUGAAGAUCAGAGGGUUUUGUUACAAGGAGCAGACAGUGAUGAUGGCGAAAUUCUUCCUCAAAUAUGCUUCCUCGUCCUUGCGAUGUCUGGCCAUCGAGAAGGCAAGGAUCAACAACAAUCUUCCUGUGCAUUACAAUUACGAACUCAUCAACUAUCUGCGCUGGGGGAUCGCCACCAUUGCUGACAUUCAAAUCUCAGACUAUCACUGA